UAUAAAGCAAAAGAGAGCUCUAAAGAUGUUUUGUUUUUUUGUUUUUUUCAGACAAGCCAUGAGUUGAAUCAAUCUGUUAUGGUCUUUCACCUUGUAUUGUUUGAGAGACAGAUAGAUAGACAUAGAAGACCCAAGAGAGAAUUGGUGUAAGGAGAUGAUGGGGGAAAACCCUAAUUACUGGUGGAGCUUGAAUGGGAAACUGCAGCCUCCACCUUCUCAGCAGGCUUACCCUAAUUUCUUAUCGUCGCCACCGUUGCCGGCACCACCACCACCACCACCACCGUCCUCCGUCUUGAAUCCUCCAUAUCUCUUUGGAUCUUCUCUACUACUUCCUGCUGCAAACUCUAAUGCUUUACCUGACCAUCAGCACCAUGACAAUCAAGAUUUCCCAGUCUCAUGGAGCCAAUUACUUCUGACUGGAUUAGCUCAUGAUCAGGAAGAACACAACUUGGGAGGUGGACAUGUUGGUGAAGUAAAGCAUGGAUAUUUAAAUCAACAAAGCAGACAACUCUACUAUAGUAAUAAAAAUGAUCAUCAUGACAAUAACAAUAACGACGAAGAUCUGCAAGCUUGUAGCUCUUCUUGGUCAUCUCAACUCAAUCCAGUUCCAUCUGUUGGCUCAUCUUCUACCAUGAGUUUGAGCACCACCACCAUGUUCGACUUCUCAAGUAAGAUUGACAGCAGAAACCAGCAUACUAAUCAAUAUUCAUCUCAGUAUGAUGACACCUCUACUAGCGGGGCACCGAAAAAGCCCAGAUUUCAAUCGUAUUCAACCCAACCAUCUCCUACGCAGUGUAAUGAGACAUUUACAAGUGGAACUUCUAAAAGGGCUAGGGCUCAACACUCGUCAACCCAAACCCCUCUAAAGGUGAGGAAGGAGAAAUUGGGUGAGAGAAUAUCGUCUUUGCACCAACUUGUUUCGCCUUUCGGAAAGACUGACACAGCUUCUGUGUUGUUAGAGGCCACAGCUCACAUCAGAUUCCUUGAGAGUCAAAUUGAGGCACUUACUUCCCCGUACAUGAACUCAUCAGGAGCCACGAGACACCAACAUUCUGCUGAUGGGAAGGCACUACAGAAGGACUUGGGGAGUAGAGGGUUAUGCCUGGUCCCAGUGACUUGCAUGGAUCAUCUUGACACUACCAACAUGACCAGCAAUGGUGCAGAAUUCUGGACUCCUGCACUUGGUGGUGGAUUUUAAUAGCUCCAUGUUAAUUACUUCAAGUCGAUUCAUCGAACAUUCAUCAAGAUUCAACGACUUACACCAUGCCAGCGAUUUAAUUUUGAUCAUUCGGUUGAAAUUUCUGUUGCUAGCUAGCUUCCGAAACCCGAAAUGGAUAUAAAGGAAAGAAGAAGAAAAACCAAAUUAUUAGCAUCGUUGUUGAAGGUUCGUGGAUGAUAUGUCGAUGAUAUUUUGUUGUUUUAGUCUCUUUUUCAUUUGUUUUCGGGCAUUUGGUGAAGUUAGGGGAAAUUAAGCAAAGACUAUAUAUAUAAGUCUAGUACAUGCUUGAUUAUGAAAUGUUUCUACAAUUAAUUUUUGUGAAAUAUGUGAAGUUUAAUCCGUUGAAAAUG